AUGGAUUUCAAUAAAAUUCGAGAAAAAUACCAAUCAAACACCUUAAAAAGCAGACAAAAGCAAUUAUGACUCAGAUCUGCUCGCAGAAGCAUGGAUCCUUUAUCUCAGACCCCUCACCUAAAGAUUGGCAAGAGGUCCAAAGAGAGUUUACUACCAACCCUCCGGUUCAGAAGGAGGUCUAAAUAGGACAAUCAAUCAUCCUUCAGACUUGAUGAUAGUUUCAUCAUCAAUGAAAAUUAUAGACAAUAGUAUAAACACAAAGAAUUACUCUACAUCAAGAAGUGGGAUGGUUGACUGCCAGGUCCAGACUUGACCUGAGGAGGAAAUUGAGCCAGCCAAGGUCAGUAUUGAGCUUAAUAAGAGGUUCUCCAAUGUGAAGAUUAAAAACCUCAUUGCUCAUAGAAGAAAUUAUAAUAGAUCUACUAAGCUUAAACUUAAAGCUGCUCAUUACCCAUUCAAAAAUCAAUGAAUUAGUGAGCUCCUAAAUCGUAUGAGGAGAAGGAUGAAUAAAAGUGGCACUGGUCUUGUUAAAAAGAUUACUUUGAAAGACCCUAAGAUAGCAUCAUUUGGAACCAGAAAUGAUUCUGUGAGUUCGAGAAAUAUAAAUAAGAUUAACCUCAGCAUAAAUUUAUUCCAGAAGCUCAAAUCUAGAAGAGCCAGUUCAUAAAGAUCCGACAUCAUGAUUUCAAAUUAACUGUCAAAACCAAGAGAAAUAACAUCAGCUGGAAUUUUAACAUUAAAUCAUAAAUAUUUUCU